AUGCCUCGCACCUCUCGGCGUUUGACCGAGUACCAGCGGAACUUUGGCUUUACCACGUUUCGUCUGACUGAGGAUCCCGAUAACCCUGGGUCACCAACUGCAUCAGAGUCCGGCUUGCAUGACGCAUUUGUAGCCGACAGAGAGCCAGCUGCCGACGAACUACCGGCUGACAACGCCAAGAUGGAUGAACCUCCGACCGACAGCAUAUCACCCUUCCUAAAGACGUACGAUUUUAAAACGAAACCGCCGCGUCUGGUGGUAACGGCACGUGCUCAACCCGAUUGCCUCAACCCUGAGUGGGUAAUGACCACUGAAGACAUCAUCGCGUUUUGCUCGCAACACUUGCGGAACGUGGCUUGGGAUGAUCUCGAUGAGUCUACUCAGGGAGAGUUCAUUCGAAUGUGCCCAGAUGCUCAAAGGCUUAUUGGGACGGAACAUGGCAGCGUCAAUCUCUUCGCUGCUAGGAUCUGGCGCAUCGUCGAUGAAGCCAUGUUCAAGAAAACGAAAACAGACUCAGUUCAGUGGGUAUCACCCUUUUUCAAGCAUCAAAACGACAUGCUCAACGAGCUCCGUAGUACAGACCAUACCUGGCGCACCUCAUUCCUAUAUGACCCAGGUGUGGCGCGAGUGGGACUACCAUUCGAUGUGUCUUUUCUACGGGAAUAG